CCUCCCUCCCCCCAUAUCCGUGCGCCGAGCUGAUAAAGGCGCCAUUUUGGAGGGGCCGCGGGAGACGUGGUGCCGCUGCGGGCUCGUUCUGCCGUGCGCUAGGCUUGGUGGGAAGGCCUGUUCUCGAGUCCGCGCUUUUCGUCGCCGCCAUGUCGGGAGGUGGUGUAAUUCGUGGUCCUGCAGGGAACAACGACUGCCGCAUCUACGUGGGUAACUUACCUCCAGACAUCCGGACCAAGGACAUUGAGGACGUGUUUUACAAAUACGGCGCUAUCCGCGACAUCGAUCUCAAGAAUCGCCGUGGAGGACCGCCCUUCGCCUUCGUUGAGUUCGAGGACCCGCGGGAUGCGGAAGACGCGGUAUAUGGUCGCGACGGCUAUGAUUACGAUGGAUACCGUCUGCGGGUGGAGUUUCCUCGAAGCGGCCGUGGUACAGGCCGAGGCGGCGGCGGGGGUGGAGGUGGCGGAGCUCCCCGAGGCCGCUAUGGCCCCCCAUCUAGGCGUUCUGAAAACAGAGUGGUUGUCUCUGGACUGCCUCCAAGUGGAAGCUGGCAGGAUUUAAAGGAUCACAUGCGUGAGGCAGGUGAUGUAUGUUAUGCUGAUGUUUACCGAGAUGGCACUGGUGUCGUGGAGUUUGUACGGAAAGAAGAUAUGACCUAUGCAGUUCGAAAACUGGAUAACACUAAGUUUAGAUCUCAUGAGGGAGAAACUGCCUACAUCCGGGUUAAAGUUGAUGGGCCCAGAAGUCCAAGUUAUGGAAGAUCUCGAUCUCGAAGCCGUAGUCGUAGCAGAAGCCGUAGCAGAAGCAACAGCAGGAGUCGCAGUUACUCCCCAAGGAGAAGCAGAGGAUCACCACGCUAUUCUCCCCGUCAUAGCAGAUCUCGCUCUCACAUAUCUGAAGAGAUGGAUUAAGAAUGCUUUGGAUUAAGGAUUGUGGAGCACAUUUCAAUCAUUUUAGGAUUGUCAAAAGGAGGAUUGAGGAGGAUCAGAUCAAUAAUGGAGGCAAUGGUAUGACUCCAAGUGCUAUUGUCACAGAUGAAAUUGGCAGUAUUGACCUUAUACUAAAAGGCAAGGGUUAAAAAUGAUUUUUWUAUAUAUAUAUAUAUAUCUCAAAACUUGCAAACAUCUGAUGCAGGUAUCUUUAGCUACAAUUGCUUUGCUCUUUAAACCUUGGCAAUUGUGGCAAAAUUACAUCGCCCAUUUUGUAACAAUUUAUUUUGCUCCCUUCCCCCCUUUUUUGUUUUAAUAGGGACUAAUGUGGGAAGAACUGGCUAAUUUGUCACAGUGUUUAGUUACAACUGUUAAUGUGUGACCUGCUGUUGGUGUACAUGUGGGUACAGGGUGUCUUUAAUUCCAACAAGAUAGAGUAUAAUAUCAAUACUGCUAAAUCUGCAUGUCCUCUGUGUGACUGAUAAGAGCGUUGCUAUUUCAUUUUUUUUAAGACAAAAUGAAAGCAAAAUAUAGAAUUCCAAUGUAUUGGUGUAGAUAAUCUAGUUGGGAGUACUUUUAAGUCUCACCUUCCCCUUUAAACUAAUAUUCAUAAUUGACUCAUGUUUAAGACACUUUAAUUUACAAAUUAAAUUGCAGAUGGGAGCGUUAGAUUUAGUUUAGUUUAGGUGGGUAACAAUAUCAGUAAACUUUUCAACUACAUAACUUUUUGCAACCACAAAACCUGUAAUACGCUGUACAGUAACAAGUGUUGGCAUUAUCAGUUGAACUGUAAAUAUAAAAUGCUUCUUCCAAUUAGUCUCUAUGAUGAUUAAGUUUCUAAAAUUUAUCUGAACACCAUUCAGAAACUUGUUUUGGGGAAUUUGAUAGUUAUUGAUGUACAUCUGUUAAACUGAUGACAGACAUAACUCAUCAUUCCCCAGAAACCUUUUUUGAUUACAGUAUCUAACAUUUUGCCUCCUCUUUUUUGGUUUUGCUGGUUAUAAAGGUUUGGAUUGGAGAGGGCUCACUGGAUCCCAAUCCUUGGAGCUGGAUCAUUGGAUUCAAAUCAUAAUGUGGAUAGGAUAGGGAGGAUGAAUUACAAGGAUUCAUGGAGCGGGAUCAGAUUACCAGGAACAUAGGAGUGGAUUCCUGCCCCAACCAAACCGCAUUCGUGUGGAUUUUUUAUUCAACUUAAUUGGCUAUUCCAAAGGUUUUUUUUUUUCCUAUUUUUGACGAUUGGAGCCCUUAAGAUGCACGAUGGAAUUGUGUUUUGCAUUUUUUGGUAAAAGGAGCAAAGCGAGGACCUGGAGAUAUACGCUGGAGCAAUCUCCUUGGAAGGAUUCAGCACGAGUAGAUGGUAAACAUUGAAAGGGGAAAGGGGGGGUUUGUUUAAAUAGUAAAUCAGUAAGUCACUUCUAAAUUUAAAGAAAACAAAAUUGGAGUUGAAGAAUAAGUAGGUUCCAAUUGGCUAUUGCCGUUUUUCUUUGAAAAAAAUAAACAUUUUUUAAAAAACUAUGCAUGGUUGUCCUUUUUCCUCUUCAUGUAAGAUUUUAACUCUUAUCAGUUAAUUCUUAUAUUAGUAAGAUUCUGACUCUUGUGCUUAUGUUAGUAAAUUAAAAGUUCUUGAAAGGCUAUCUCAAUGGUAUUAGCUAUCUUAAUUUAUGUAACAGUCUUAAGGGGACAAUAAGGGAGAAAUUUGUGUAAUGUGGCAAUUAAGGCUAUGAUCUAGUCUCUAAAAGAUGUUUUGCAUACUUUGCUAAAAUGGUUUAAAACUUAGAUACUGCUUAUUUUGGUGACCAUUUAGACAACACAGGUUUGUGUAAAAUUGGUUGGUUGAUAAAUAUCAGCUUGGAGAUAGCCUUUGAGAUUCUCAAUGAGACUUAUCUUAAAAUUAAUGAGUAGUACAUGUUAACUUUAACACAGUUGUAUUAGAACUCAACAAAAUGACUUUCCUUUUUGAGAUGUGAACAGUGCACUAAAGGAUUUAUCUGCUAAUUUGAGUGAAUCUUCACCUGUAAACCCUUCUUGACCAUAGUUUGUUCUGUCUCCAAACUUUAGAAUUCUCUAAGUUUUGGGUUUUUUAAAUACUUUUACUAAAGAGCCCCUUGAUGUUAAAGUUUCAACUUCCUUGGGUAUAGGAAGGGAAGUUUUACUUAAAAUUAUUGGUCUUGUGAUUUCCUCAUAGUUACCAAGAAACCACUCUUUUCUCAAUCCAAAAGAAAUAGCUAGAUCUUUUAACUUUUUCCUUGGUUGCUAAUCAUAGUUGCAAGAUGAAUUWAAAAGGAUUAUUCAGGUGAUACAAUUUAAAACAGAGAAAGCCAGGCAUAAUCUUUGUAGUGGAAGAAAUGGGCAAAAGAGAUUUGUAUAAGGUCACAUGUAAUUACCUGAUUGAAAGGAGUAGGUUCAAAAUAAGAAUUUUACUUGAAAAAUAUUCCUUGUAGAUUCAUUAYAUUAAGUAGUAAUGUAGGAAUUCAAAAUAUGAGCCAAAAUUGUAGAUUUUCUAUUUUAACACUCUGAAAAAUUAUACAUGCCAUGCUUUUUGAAGUUUUAAGUCUCAUGUGCAGAAUACCAUUAAUAGAUAAGACUUCUACACUUGUACAAACCUGGUUUCAUUUAUGUUCACCGAAUGUUUGGAAAUAGGACCAAAAUCGAAAUGGCCUUUACUCAAGGUUGUCUAUUAAGUUAAAUGAGAGGCUGUACUAAAAUUUUUAGUAGUUCAACCCAAGAUUGAAAUGAGAUAGAAAGGUGAUCUUUGUUAAAUAGGCUUAAGAAUGAAGAUUUGAGAGGACUUAAUGCAUACUUUGAAAGGUAGAGGAGCACAGGUUAUGUAGUUCAGUGACCAGACAGAAACUAGAAAUGUUAUUUUUAGUCCUAGGAAAUGACCUCUACCAAUAUUGGCAAUUAGAAAAAGUCACACCCUCUUGGAACUACAAAGGCUACCUUGAAUUUUUCCCUUCUGUGUCCCCUUAUAAUAUUGUAAGGAAUCUAUAAAUAGUUUAUUUUCUAACCAAGAAAGCACUUUAAGAAGCAGUUACUAUUCAUAACAUCAGAUUGAAUAACCUACCUUGCUGUUCAGCCCACAUU